AGUAAGGUGCCCAAUAACUGGGGGCCGUAUACAGAUAAUACGGGACGUAUUUUUUUGCUAAACCGCUUAUCAAAAGCAGAUAACAGUAAUAUUUUCAAAUGAAAUGUCAAACUUGCUAAUUGCUAAACCGUUAGCUAACAUUUUUACGACACCAAUAAUCACAAAACAUUGAAGGCUUGAUCACAAGAUAACACUGUUGAAGGUAAUAUAUUUCUUAAACGCUGUUGAAUAUGACGAUAAUACGGGAUUCUACGCUCUGUUUUUUGGAGUUCCACCUGCAACUGCACACAGAUGUUCAUAAGAGACAAGUUUCUUCCGAAUCGAGAACAAAGAAAGUAUCGCCAAGUCGUUUGUUGACAGCGACCCCGCUGAGAUUCCUCCGCGAGAGGCCGCUUCUGAGUGCAGCUGGCCUGUUGUUUGCGUCCGGUUCGGCAGUCUACUUUUAUAGCAAAUAUUACGGUAUCGGUGAGGAUGCACUGGCCACCGUGGAGAGCGUGGACCGUGUUGUCACGGUUGAGGAGGAUAAUGAGCCCACCCUGGACCAGGAGGACCCAGUCCUUGUUCAGUAUGUGGUUGAGGAGGUUGGGCACCGGCCCUGUCUGGCUUUAAUCCCUUGGUCUGGACCUCUGUGGGUUCCCAGCUCUCCAACAUAUUACCUUACCCAUGCUGGGAGGAUGCUGGUGAGAGAGCUGGCAGUGUUAAACACGCAGAUAGCUAGGAGGAUGGUAUGGAAUGAACUGUCCUCUCAAAAUGAACAGGUAGCCAUUCAUAUGCAGUAUGUGGAUGAGGAGGUUGGGCAGCGGACCUGUCUGGCUUUAAUCCCUUGGUCUGGUCCUCUGUGGGUUCCCAGCUCUGUAAGUCCAUCCAUUCUGAUACUCUUUGGUCUUUAGACUGGUUUAUGUAACUUAAACAUAAACAUGAUGCUUUCUGUAGAACAAUAUGAAAAUACAUUUCUGUAAACAUAUUCCCUAUUUUUGUAAUAGUCUGUAACACUGCAGCCAACUUAUUACCUU